AUGUCGCCCAAGAAAAAGAGAGCCUCCGGCACCCGUCGCCCCGCAGCCAAACUGGGCGGGACUCGCAUUAGCGAAACAAGAGCAAAGUUGAAUGCAGAAGCAGCCAAGAAAGCCAACUUCAUCAGCUUUGACCCUGCAUUGCCCACCGCGCCUAAGGAUACGAGCCUUCCGCCCCCAGCGCCCACAGGCGAUCCUAAAGAGCCGCCGGAUAUGAGAACCCUUGGCGCCUGGGACAAGAACCUUGCUAACGCGAACCGCCAAAAUGCGCCGUCCGAAGUUGACAUCAGCUCUGACGAUGUCUCCUUUGAAUCAAAGACGUCCAACAAACGCAAGUCGGCUCUACGCCGUCCCAGCCAUCUCAUCGACCAUGAAGCGUUAGACAACAGCAGAGCAAAGCGUCGGCGCACAAACAGAAAGAAAAGUGUCGCAUUCGUCGCUCCGGAGGACACCUAUUCUGAGGGGCCUAUCAGUCCACCACCUACAGACGCCGACGAGAGGAGCGACAAGGAGAACUACUCAAACGACGACGACAUGGAGGCUCCCGCAAGACCCAAGCUGAAGCUCAUGUUCAGCGGCACACAACAGCCGCCGUCAUCCCCACCUACCGCCACACCUGCUGCCACACCUACACUCAGAUUGAGCAUCGGCAAUAAGGGAAAAGAUGGAUCAGCCAAAAAGAGGAAGAGAGAAGACAACGAUGUCGGUCGUUCGGUCUCCAUGGACACGCCUCUUACUGCUGGCGCCGGCAAAAUCAGAUUCACAAAUAAGAGAGCAUCUAUUGCGCAGACACCCGUCACGCCAGCUAUCAAUCUGAAAGCCAAAGGCAAAGUACAGAAGCGGAAACUUGGAGUUGGCUAUGAUUCCGAAUUAUCAGAAUCGGAGAGAGAUCCUGUCAUACUCGAGGGCAUGAUGCUACGAAUGCUUCCUGGCCCGGACUGCGACUACAUCAGAGAUGCCAUCAACAAGGGCACCAUGGGCAUUUCAAAAGCUCAAGGCGGAGCAGAUAUCAGUGUCAGAGUCCUUGACGACAGGGGUCGACGCUGCGUUGUUCGCGUCCGCCAGACUCAGUACGCUGCUAGCCUUGUCGACCUGCCAUGCUUGAUCGAGGGCAUGAAGUCGUGGGACGGCAAGCGCUUCAUAAAGAGCAUCGACGUCUGUCAAAUGCUACUCGUCCUUGGAAAAGUCUCUACUGAUGAAGAAGCCAAAAAAUAUCCAUUGCCUGAAGAAGUCGAUCCAAAGACAUAUGCAUACGCCCAUGGCAUUACUGCGCCGAUGCAUUGGGUUCGCAAGCGAAGAUUCGAUCGAACGAAACGAAAGUCAACGCACCACAUCGAGGCCGUCGAGCGUCGCGUCAAUCAACUUGACCAGAUGGAUGCCGAGGCAUUUUCUACAUCUUACACGAUACUCGACUAUGAUCCCAAAGAGAGAGGCGAGGAUGGCGAUCAAUACUCUGAAUCACAGGAGGCCGAGGAGGAUGAGGAGGAGGAUGAAGAUGAGGAAGAGGAAGAGGGCUACUUCGAAUAUGAUCCACACCCGGAGGCGGCCCAAAGACAUGUUGGCGAUGAUGAGGUCGACGAGUUGGAGGCUCUCAUGGGUGGUGGCGAUGAUGAAGACGACGCAGACAUUUCCAUGGCCGAAGCGUCCCACGGUAUCGCGAACGGCCAUCAUGUUGACUCCUCCGGCUUCGCUACCUCCGACGCCAACUCACCCGACGUCACUGGCUCAGCAGCGCCCACCACUGCUGCCACUCCCGCCGGCGAAGUCUCUACACCUGCUGGUCCUUCAGAAGCCGAAGGCGGAGAUGACUCAGAUGACGGUGAUGCGGAGGACGACGACGCCGACCACGGCGAACAGAAUGAGCAAGACGAAAAGAAUGCCGCUACCAAGGAGCGCAUCUCGACGUUGCAGACCAAGAUAGAUGAGCAGAGAAAGCAGUUGGAGAAGACGACUACGAAUAUCAUCAGGAAGAGGAUUGCGCAGAAUAUACAGAAGCUUGAGACGGAGAUCUCCAUGUUGAACAGGGAGCUGAACGGAGGUAAGGAUGACGAUGGCGAGGAGGAUGGGGACGAAGAUGAGGAGGAGGGCGCGGAUGGUGGUGGUGACUGA